CCCCUUUAGUCCACCGGGGGCGCUGUGGCGCUGCUGCAACACACAAGCACCCGAACGCAUCUCUGCAGCGAGUCCGUGAUGAGAACAGUCAAAUCGUAAUGGCGACUGCUGGAACGGCAGACUGUGGAUCAACAGCCCCGACAGGGACCAGUGGCAUCCGAAAAAUGGGCCCUUCUGAGAUGCCGGGCUCUUCAGGCACAACUCAGAGUAUGAAGAAGACCAUUGGACACCGGGGGGUCGAGACCACCACAGGAGAAACAACCUAUAAAAAGACCACGUCAUCGGCCCUUAAAGGUGCCAUCCAGCUGGGCAUCACUCACACAGUCGGCAGCUUAAGCCAAAAGGCGGAGAGGGAUGUCCUCAUGCAGGACUUUGUGGUGGUCGAAAGCAUCUUCUUCCCCAGUGAAGGCAGUAACCUCACCCCGGCUCACCACUACAGUGACUUUCGCUUUAAGACCUACGCUCCUAUUGCCUUUCGUUACUUCAGAGAACUCUUCGGAAUCAGGCCAGAUGACUACCUGUAUUCUCUGUGCAACGACUCGCUGAUCGAGCUGUCCAACCCCGGAGCCAGCGGGUCCCUCUUCUAUGUCUCCAGCGAUGACGAGUUCAUCAUCAAGACUGUUCAACACAAAGAGGCUGAGUUCCUCCAGAAACUGCUGCCUGGAUACUUCAUGAACAUAAACCAAAACAAGCGCACCCUGCUGCCCAAGUUCUACGGGCUGUAUUGCGUUCAGGCAGGGGGCAAGAAUAUCCGUAUCGUAGUGAUGAACAAUCUUCUGCCUCGGAUCAUCCCCAUGCACCUCAAAUACGACCUCAAGGGCUCCACCUAUAAGAGGCGAGCUUCCCCUAAAGAGAGAGAAAAGGCUGUUCCCAUUCACAAGGACCUGGACUUUAUCGAGGACUUGCCCGACGGUCUGCUGCUGGAAGCGGACAACUACAACGCCCUGUGCAAGACUAUUCAGAGGGACUGCUUGCUGUUGCAGAGUUUCAAGAUCAUGGAUUACAGUCUGCUGAUGGGAAUCCACAACAUGGACCAGGCCAGCCGAGCGCGUGAACGCAGCAGGGGAAACUCUGGUGAAAGUGGGGGUUCGGAGGGAGCGGUGACCCCAGAUCAGCGAAGGCCACAAGUGCAGAAAAGUCUGUACUGUACAGCCAUGGAGUCCAUUCAGGGGGAGGCUCGAGGGAAGGGAGCCUUGGAUUCCGAGGAUCACAUGGGCGGUAUUCCAUCUCGGAACGCUAAAGGAGAGCGGCUGCUCAUUUACAUUGGCAUCAUUGACAUCCUCCAGUCUUACAGGUUUAUAAAGAAGUUGGAGCACUCGUGGAAGGCCUUGGUGCAUGAUGGGGACACGGUUUCAGUUCACAGACCCGGCUUCUAUGCAGACCGUUUUCAGCAAUUCAUGUGCAAUACUGUAUUCAAGAGAAUUCCACUGAAACUAUCUCCAUCUAAGAAGAGUCGUGGCGGAGGUCAGGGAGGUCUCAGGAGGGCCCCCACCCUGGGAGCCCCCACCGCCCUCUCCCAAUCAACAGGGCAGUCGGCUGUUGACGGGAGACUAGUCCCCCACAGCCACUUCAAAAGCACCGAUUCAGAAGCAGACAGUGGUGUGCAGUUGGGCAGACCAGAUCUCGUUCCAAGGACCCCUCCGGUUGGAGAAAACCCUUCUGACUACGAGGCCAACCUGUCCACCUCGUCGCUGGGCAGCACCGGGGUCGCCGCCACCUCUCCUGCCCUACGGUCUGUAGGGGUGGAGGUGCACAAAUCAGCGAACACAGACCUCGACCGUCGCAGUUUGGAGGCAGAAGCUGAGGUCGAUAAUUCAGGCCACCUCUCUGGAAACGAAGAUGUAAUUUCACUCUCGGACAUCAUCCCCGAGACCAACAUUUCUUUUUAAAACAAAUACCCCAGAUGUUUGAAGACGAGAUGUUUCUGGACAAGGUCGCUGGAAGUAGAGAUGAAGAGAGCAAAAGUCACCCAUCCAACACGGCCCCUCUGUUGCACCGCCGCUGUUUUCUCACCCAAACAGUACAUAUGCAGAGAUUGCCCAAAUGAAGCAGCAAGAUGCAAUGGAGAAAAUAGUUAAGGAGAAGAUCAAGGAGAAGAGGCUCCUCCCUCAUCAGACAAAAAGACAAAAUAAUUAGUUGUACAUAGUGAAAAGCCCGUAUCUGAGUCCCAAUUUCCUCCGAGACAUUGUGUCCAAUGAACGACACAGACAGCAUUUCAGUGGGAACACUUUAAGAGCACACGGAGGACAUCGCCUCAUUCGUAGGAGUCAACACUUCCCACCAUGUGUGUGUUCAUGCGGAGUCUUAAGUGAGUGAUCCCGCUACCACACUUCCAUUUCCCCCUCGGCCACUGGCGUGCAGGGGCGUGCUGAGCUACCAGCAGUCCUGCUUUGAGUCAAGCCCGGCUAUAUGAUGCAUUUCUUUCAACGGAUGAUGGAUGUACAGUAUUUGUUUGAUACGGCGGAGGAACGGAUUCAACCCCCACGGAUGAGGUCAUUUUGUUUUGUUUUAAGUUAUUCUGCUGGCAAAAGAUCCAACGUGAUCUUUCCACUGCUGAAUGUACAUUACAAUGUUUUUCUUACAUAAAAUGUGUCUUAACUUAGCGUAGCACAUUUGUACAACCCUGAAAAUCUCCCCCUCUGAUGUGACCAAGUAUGCUGUAAAUGAAUACAGAGAAGAGCUAUCGACAGCUUUGCUGUUGAUGCCAGUCAUGACUCAUAGAAAAUUAAUAAUCUCCAGCUCAUUUGUCUGUCAUGUCUGUGCCUUUUUUCUUUUUCUUUUUUUGCUUUCCUAACGUGAUAUGAAGUGACUUUAAGGUCAGUUUCUGGUGGUUAGUGCUGUAGUUAUACAGAGAAACCUGCCUUAUUACUACAGCAGAAGUUGUCAAACUGCUAUUUGUGUGUCUGGACCAACAGUCAGUGCUUAAAAUAGUUUCAAAUUUAAUUGCAAAACACUAAUAGUGUCUAGUUUGAAUAUGUGACUGCAGCUUAGCGAAUCAUGUUAGCUCCCCGAUGGGGCAGUGAGGAUUGUCCAUCUCUUUCAUUACUCAUUUCUGCCGGUUGCUCAAGUGACUUCCGCCCUCCUCCACUUUUGGACCAAGAUUAAUAGCUAUGUGUGUAACUUUAUAUAAGUAGUCAAUCUCUGCUUUUACUCUACUGUUCAUAACAAUUGUGCUUUGGUUUUUCUUUUUGUUAUGAUGUGUUUUUCAAGGCACUAAACGAGUUGCAGAAAGAUUUUUUUACCCCACCAGAUAUUUCUGAUGCAGAAAUCUGAAUCACUACAAUGUGACUGUAGCAACACUCGAGAUCUGGACAUCAUCUCAUUUAAGGUAUUACUAUUUAUGUUUUGUAGGCACAUUCGGUCUAUGCAGCAGAGAGGGAGAGAAGGGGAAAUGUGAGGUUUGAAACUCCUCAUGUUCAGCUGAGGAUUCAGGACGAAGUCCUUUGUAUCGUAAGCAAGUCGAGGCACCAAAGAAAAGAGUCUACAAUGUUUCCAGAUCAUGUGGAGUUGACGUGAUAAUGAAACCGGACCCAUGAUACCCGCAUGGACUGACUGCAUGUGGGAGUCACACUGGUUUGACCUGUGUUUUUAGGAUUCAUUUCUGAACUGGAAGUUAUUUUUGCCAAACAUAUUUUUUUGUAUCUGACAACAAUUUGUUUCUUUAUCAAAUGUCUGACAUUUCAAGAUUCAACCCCACAUUCCUUUUGAAGUUCACUUUCUACUGGUAGCCCUUUGUGUGAUUAGGAUGAAGUACUUGAAAUGUAUUGUUUCUGAUACUAUGCUGAAAUGUCUUUGCUUUUCCAGCGGAUCAAUUCAAAGUUUUAAUUAGUAGGUCGCCACCAAAGAAAAAGAUAACAAAUUUUGUUAUGUGACAUCUCAAUUUUUAUCUUUUAGUUUCCUUUUUUUUUUUUUUAAAUGACGCAUAAAUGGGUUGUUUUCACACUCGCACACUUUUUUUACAGGGUGGUGUAGUGCGUAAUGGACUGAUGCAGACCAGUUCUGUCACAGUUGUUAUGUGCCUCACCGUGGCUAAAAUAGAAACCUCCCACGGUGCUUAAAGGGCGGUGCAGUCAGUGUAGACACUACAAUGUAUUCACACACACACACACACACACAACACAAGCGUCGCCACAUUUCAUUUCUAAGAAGUAUAUUUAUUAAUGUGGUUGCUGCAGGGUGGAAUGAUGAAAGUUUGAUUCUGUACCUUUGUACAUGAUUGUACGAUUACUGUAAGCUGACUGAAGGAUGUCUGAAACUUUAUAGUGUGUAUUUCCUGUGAUGGCAGACUAUUGACUAUUUUACUUUUUAUAUUUGAAGGUUCAGAUUGUUAUAUGAUGAAUAUAUUUGCGCCACAACGAUUCUGGGCUGUUAAUCUCCCAAACCUUUUUUACGUGAAUGUUUCUGAAUGCUUACGACGACAUUGCUGGUUGUCCUAUAAUGCUUCAAUCGCUAUAUUUCUACUGUGUAUAAAAUGUGUAUAUGUACAUAGGAGUCACGGAAAUGCCUUCUCAUGCAAUAUGUGCUGCCUGUCUCCUGCCAUGUUUCAGUUAUGUGCUGGUGAUGUUUUCAUGUUUGGUUUUGAAGGAUUAAACAUAUUUUCUAAAUCUG